AUGGUAUUUAAAACAACAAAUAUUGUAUGUACUGGAAAUCCCAAGUACAUAGAAAAUGUCACCUGUUCUGUGAAGGCACGAAAUUGGAAUAAUGCAGUUGCUUACAUGGAUUGUGAUUUAGUUUUGCCCCUUCAGAAUACUACGUUUCACCUCGAAUUCUUCAAGAAGGGAUAUAACAAUCGAUACCAUCCGUUUCUGGUCAAUGUUAUGAUCAAAAUGUGCGACGUUAUGACCAAUCGAAAUUUUCUACCUUACGGCACAAUAGCGAAGAAGAUAUUUAAGGAGUAUUCAAAUGUCAAUCAUAGUUGUCCUUUUACGGGUCAUCUAAUGGCACGGAACAUAUCUUUUCAUGAGAGCUAUCUACCAAAUCUUCCACUGGGUAUUUAUCUAUUUACAUUUGAUGUUUUAGAAAACUUUGAUAACGGAACCACUGAAUCGGCUGGCUUUAUACACGUCGAGUUCUUCAAGAAGGGAUAUAACAAUCGAUAUCAUCCGUUUCUGGUCAAUGUUAUAAUCAAAGUGUGCGACGUUAUGACCAAUCGAAAUUUUCUAGCAUACGGUACAAUGGUGAAGAAGAUUUUUAAGGAGUAUUCAAAUGUUAAUCACAGUUGUCCUUUUACGGUGAUUUCGAAUAGUAAUCUAAUAUUACUCAUAUAA